CGGGCGUCACUUCCUCGGGAGCAGCUGGGAGAAGGAGGCGGCGGCGGGCACGAGAAGAUGGCGGCGCUGGGGGAGCCUGUGCGGCUGGAGAGAGACAUCUGUCGGGCUAUCGAGUUGCUGGAAAAGUUGCAAAGGAGUGGAGAGGUACCCCCACAAAAACUGCAGGCAUUGCAAAGGGUCCUUCAAAGUGAGUUCUGUAAUGCAGUGAGGGAGGUCUAUGAGCAUGUAUAUGAGACUGUGGACAUCAGCAGUAGCCCAGAAGUAAGAGCUAAUGCUACAGCCAAGGCCACUGUUGCUGCCUUUGCUGCCAGUGAAGGUCAUUCCCAUCCCAGAGUUGUUGAACUACCAAAAACAGAAGAAGGCCUUGGAUUCAACAUCAUGGGUGGCAAAGAGCAAAAUUCUCCAAUUUAUAUAUCCCGAAUUAUCCCAGGUGGUAUUGCUGAUAGACACGGGGGAUUGAAGCGUGGAGACCAGCUUCUUUCUGUAAACGGAGUGAGUGUUGAAGGGGAACACCAUGAAAAAGCAGUAGAACUGCUAAAAGCAGCUCAAGGGAAAGUUAAGCUGGUUGUCCGAUACACACCCAAAGUCCUGGAAGAAAUGGAGUCACGAUUUGAAAAAAUGAGAUCAGCAAAACGCAGGCAGCAGAAUUAAUAUUGUACAUAUAACUUAAAGAGAAACAUGACCCAUGGAAACAUCAUCCUGUAGUUAAAAAGAUGUUAAUUUUGUUAAUACUUGUGUAUUGUAAAAUAUUUCUCCUGAAUAUCCUAACGCUUCCUCAGAAGAAAAGUUUACGUGGGCAUUUGUAGCUAUAUGAUUUUAGAGAAUGUUCUUUAAAAUACAGACCUAUAAUCAUCAAAACAAAUUUGUAAAUGUUUUUAAAUACACUUUAAUAAGCUAUUUUCAGCAUUUGUAACAUUGGUUUUUCUAGUAAUUUUUGCCAUUUGACAUUAUUUAGAACUGGAAAAUGUUUAUUUUGGGUACAGAUAUAACGUCUUAAUUCUUAGCAGUAAAGCGUGUCAUCUACAUACAGACAGUCAUAAUUGUGUGAUUAAGUACACUUUGUACUUUUGAAGAACAAGUUUCUAUGUGUGUUCUAGAUCAUAACUUUAUAUUUUGGACUCUUUCUUACCUCUUUUGUGAAUAAUUUGUAACAGACAGCCUCUUAUUUAAUGUUUCAAUGACUGGCAUUUGAAAAUCUAGCAGCAAUCAUUCCUAUAAUUUAUAUACUUUUGUACUAAUGUCUGAACACUUGGAGGAAUAGCAAUGCAAUGUAUUUCUAUUUAGCAGGAUAAAACUUGCAUGCAGUUUGGAAUGAAAAUGUAUACCUUCUUCUGACUUUCUCUCUUCUAGUGUACUUACCUUACCUUUUUCCAUUUGGAUAUGUCUGUUAAUGACUUUAUUCAUGACAACUAUACAUUACCUCCAGCACUGAAGGUAGAAUACCUCCAGUAUCAGUGGCUGAGGAACACAAGCAAGAGGAUUUGAUUGUACUCAUGUUCUAUUUGUAGGCUUCUGAUUAGCCCGGUUGCUGUGGUGACAGAACGCUAGGCUAAAUUGAUCAGCAUGGCUUCUGCAUUCCUAGAAGCAAUAGAUAUGGCCCAAACAGAUACAUUCAUAGAUACCUUACAAUUCUUUGUUACAGCAUGAGAGUUCUGUGACGAUGCUCUUAGUUCUAUGCCACUGUGAAAACAGCAAGUGGAUUUCAGGUUUGCUUUUGCAAAAGUGCUAAGGCAUUGAAUACAGUGGUUUCUUUAAGAAAAUAAGGCAUUCUUAGUUUAUGAAAAUGUGUUUGGGUCAUUUAGCUCAAAAUAGAUAGAUUUCUGAUACAUGGGGCAGUUUUCUCUCUGAGCAAGUUCCCCAUUCUUCUAAAGAGUUGAAAACUAUGACUGAAUUCACUGAAAUAGCUUCUGAUGAUAUACAUUGAGAGAAAGCAGGCAUAUGGGUGGAGUGCUUGGAAAAUGUCCCCUUUAGUAAAAACUCCAUUUUGGAUUGUAAACCUGAAGUAGAUCUGUGAAGAAUUUUUUUACUGGAGAAGCUGCCAGAAUCAUGGGCUCAUCUGCCAACUUAAUGUAUGUUGAUUCCUCCAGACUGCCCUGAUUUUACGAAUUUCUCAAGAUUGCUCUCACUAUUGAGUGGUAUGGAAAUAUAAAAAGUAAUGGAUGAAACUAUCUUGAACUGUGUAGUCCUCACACUCCAUGCCUAGCAGAUGCUCUACCUCAAAAUCACAGGGCUCUAAAGCUCUGUUUAAGACUAAAUUUGUUUCCGCUCUUGCAGCUUUUGCUGCCAAGUGGAAACCAAUUGCUUGUAGUAAUGAGUGCCACAGUUUGCAGCUGAAUCUUCCUGUUUGGGCCUUUAGGACAGAGCUGGUGGAUCCAUACAGAUGUGUUGGAAUAAAAUCCCUACCAUCUCUGAUUUUUGGCCAUGCUGGCUGCAGCUGAUGACAUUUGGAGUCCAACAAUAUUGAAGGCUUCACAUUCCCCUGUGCUGCUGUAGAAACCCAUGAAGGAGCUAAUGAGGCCUUUAAAAAACUCAUGGGUGUUGGAUACUAAUGUAGUUACUAAAUAUCAGCAAGCUUGUUGGAAUUCGAGUUACUGGGCAGAGCAGACUGAUACCUGUAUAUAAACUUUCAGAAAGGUGAGGGGGGGCUGAAGGAUAGAGUCAUAAAUUUCCUGUAAAGUCAUAUAGAAGCUCACAUUGCUGCAUAUGUUACAAACAAGGGUUUAAUAUUCUGACUUAAUACAGUGCUACUUAAAACAUUCUCUCAAAGAAAAUUUUACAAUUUUGAAGCUUUUCAGCUACUUGUGACAGCUUCAUUCUGCAGAUCCCAGGUUUCGGGAACUAUUUCAUAAUGGCUCAUCUAGAGAAGGUGGUUUCAGUAAUAGAACAUGAAACCUCUAGACUAACUUAAGCAACAUGCUUAUUUCAUGAGAUUUAUUUCUUAGUAAGUGUGCUUAGAAUUGCAGCCUUUAAAGUUCUAUCCAACAUCAUACAGAUGUACUUCCACUGAUGCAGCAAGACUUAGCUGCCCUCUUCGUCACCUCCGUCUCCAAAAUCUGAUCUGGGUAGCCCCCUAACACUCCAGAGCAGAUUUAGGAGCACAGAAGGUGAUGCAGUGCAGAGAGGGAAUUAUCUAUUAUGCGGGCAGAGCAGUCAUCCUUGAUUGUAUCCGUUGCCACAACUAGUUUUCAGUACUUUGUUCUUUUGUCACCACCCGUUUUUAGCAUUGUUUUAACUGAACUUCAAACCGCAACUUUGGUUUCUUCCACAACAGCAUCCUGGUCAUAAUGUGUUUUUGCUUAUAUAGAAAGUGUCAGGUACCCAGUCGAUGUGUAGAGCCCUGCUUCGUUGUCUUUUUCACUGAUUUUUCCUUUCCCUGCUUUACUCCUUGCCUGAGAAUAGAAAUUGUCAAUGCUUCCACCUCAUAAAAGAAAUAAAAGAGUUUUAUUUUGAAAUUGGAAAUUCUUUUGUUAGCCUCACUAUCCCCAGGAUGUGAGAUUUCAGUGAUAAAUGCAUUCAGGUCACUAGAAGAGUCUUGUCACACCAUCUCUGAAUGACUAGAAUUAUAUGCAAUCAAGCAUAACUAUAGUUCCAGUAUAAAAGUUCGUGAGAACAUGCUUUUCCAGAAGAUUGGGUUUUAAAAAAAAUAAUAUAGUAGCAUGUAUACAAGCAAUCAUAACCCCUCUCUGAUCAUUUAGCCUUUAUGAGCCUGUCUGUAAUAACAAAAUAUUUGUUACUAAAACCCAGCAACUGUGCAAUUCUUUUUAGUCAGUUUAGGUGAGACUGAGCACUGAAUCACCUGGGUUAAGUGUGUAGCGUGCUGCAGAAGGCAGCUAGUAGAGCCACCAUUUACUUUUUAGGGAGCAAUUCAUAUUUAAAGUAUUGAGACCAAAAGAAGUAGUGGGCCAAUCAUGAAGUAUUUUAUUUUAAUUUGUGUUGAAACUUUCUAUAUUAAGAGAAUAGAAGCAAGUAAAAGCUGCUAUUAUAAAAUGUGCUCAUCUAAUGUUAUUUGGUUGUAAUGCUUAGGGAUUUUUAUUACCAAGUUUGGCUUUUGGAUUCGGUAGGCUAAGAUGGUAAUAUACUCUCAGUUUGGAGGAUUAUGGGCAUCCUAUGCAGAGUGGGAACAGCAUGGAUGCAAAGGUCACCUCCUACUACUAAAGUAGCUCGACAGCUGUUUUGGGCCAUCUAUCUGUAGCACUUCCAAAGGGAGGGAAGAGGGCUGAGCUGCUGCCAGAAUACAUCAUGUUGUUGUCGCUCUUCUCACCUGCCCCCCCCCCCGGAAUGUGCCCUGAAUCUCUCCUUUGAGGUAGCUCUUAGAGUCUUGAAGAAGUUGCUCUCACUGUUUUUUUUCCCUGACAGCUGUGAGGUUGGAUAGAGGAGGAACCAAGUGGAGGUCAGAGCUCCUUUCCUAUGUCAGAUCUGGGAAUCUAGAAGAUUCUUUGGUGCUCUAGAUUCUGUCUCUGGUCCACAGGAUUGCUCUGCUCCGGGUCCAAAACACAUGGAUUAAAAUUGGCACCUUGUCUUACUAAACAAAAACUAUGUAAACCAGAUUAUGAGAGCAAGGUAGGGUGGAAAGGAAUCUAAAGCCAUCUUAUGUCCCAAAGGUAGUUCAAUAUAAACUGUGAAAAAAAGUUUUUCUUAGUUGCUGCAGUCUAUAUAGAUUCAUAAAUGAGAUCUCUAGGCUAAGUUGAAAACCAGCUUUUAAACUAAGGUUAGAGUUAGAUUCGUUGGAGAAUCAAGUUAAGGACAUAUGGAAUACUACUGAACAGGUGUUGUGACUACAUUGUAUUGUGUGUGCACUUAUGCAAUAAUUUAAUAACCAGCACAGAUUAAAGGUGAACUAUACUGUGUGUGUAGUCUUUAUGCAUUGAAUUGCUGCUUCAGGGCCCUGUGAUUUUUUUCUUCAGUAUGAAAAUAAAGAAUUGAACUUUUA